UAUUCUUAUCGCAAAUAUGAAAUACCCCACUUCUUUUUCCCUAACAUACGUUUUGUUCUUUCCUUCCAUUUCUUUGUCACAUCUCACAUUAUCCAAAACAUUCAUACACCACUACCACUAUUAUCAACAAUUCAACAAACAACAACACAAAGUUUAAUUAUUCUAGUACAAAACUAGUAGAUCAUCUCAACAAAUAAAUAACAUUAACUUACAAUUUGCAUCAAUCACUAAAUCACUCUUCAAAGCCCUCACAUCUUAAUCAACCACUCACCUCCUUCCACGUACCCUUUUUUUCCCACUUCAUGAAUAUCUCCACCUUCACUCCUUUCACUCUCUUUUGAUACACUCCAAAUAAAAAAACAAAACCCUUCGUAUCUUCUCAAAUCUUCCCCACUCUCACUCUCCCAUUUCCACCAACCACAUCCCGCCACGUCACAACAUCAACGAAUCACAAAGCGCGUACCUUAAGAAGCGCGUGAGUAAACCUCUCUUCUAGCUCUUCCCCACCAUUUUCUCUCUCCUCCUCAAAACUUUCCGCCUCCCACGAUUUUCACAAUUUCACUCACCAAACUUCCGCCCAACUCCGAAAAUAUCCUCCAUUUUCGUAAAAUACCCCUGCAUUGUGGUUAAAUUUUCACUUUCUACCUCUUUCUCAGUGAAGAAGAAAAACAGGAGGGAGAAAAAAUGAGAGAAAUGGUGAGACUAGACUUACGUCACGAUGACGCUUCUGACGAACGCUUGCUUAACGAUGCUGGGCCCACUAGCUACGACAAUGGCGGCGCAACCGGUGACCGGUCAUGGCGGUUGAACUUUGAUGAUUAUCAAGUGUCUACUGAGCAUAAGGAAAAACCGCCUCGUAAACUUCAUGAUUGUCUUGGAGUGUCAGGGCCAGAAGAUGAUAUAGCCGAAUACUAUCAGCAGCAGGUAGAAAUGCUGGAGGGUUUUAGUGAAAUGGAUGCCUUGGCUGAGCGUGGGUUUGUUCCUGGGAUGUCACAGGAAGAACGGGAAAGCUUGGCUAGAAGCGAAACAUUUGCUAUUAGGAUAUCAAAUAUCGCCAAUAUGAUUCUUUUCAUUGCAAAGGUUUAUGCAUCUAUUAAAAGUGGUUCUUUAGCAAUCAUUGCGUCCACGUUGGAUUCACUUCUUGAUCUGCUAUCGGGUUUUAUACUGUGGUUCACUGCAUUUUCUAUGUCAACACCUAAUCCAUAUCAAUACCCCAUUGGAAAGAAACGUAUGCAGCCACUGGGAAUUCUUGUUUUUGCUUCUGUCAUGGCUACGCUAGGAUUGCAGAUUAUCUUGGAGUCUACUCGGCAGCUUUUAUCUGAUGAGAGUGAUUUUAGCUUGAAUAAGGAACAAGAAAGCUGGCUUGUGGGCAUCAUGCUUUCAGUUACUGUUGUUAAACUUCUAUUGGUCCUUUACUGCCGCUCUUUCACUAAUGAGAUAGUCAAAGCUUAUGCCCAGGACCACUUCUUUGAUGUUAUUACAAACAUAAUUGGUCUUAUUGCUGCUCUCCUGGCUAAUUAUGUUAGUGACUGGAUGGAUCCUGUUGGAGCUAUCAUUCUUGCUUUGUACACAAUACGUACUUGGUCAAUGACAGUGUUGGAAAAUGUCAACUCAUUGGUUGGAAAAUCUGCUACACCAGACUUCCUGCAGAAAUUAACAUACCUGUGUUGGAACCACCACAAGGCAAUCCGGCACAUUGAUACAGUUCGAGCAUACACGUUUGGAUCCCACUACUUUGUCGAGGUUGACAUAGUACUGCCUGCAAGCAUGCCUCUGCAAGAAGCGCAUGACAUUGGGGAAACUUUGCAAGAGAAACUUGAACUCUUACCUGAGAUUGAACGUGCUUUUGUUCACCUGGAUUAUGAAUACACUCACAAACCUGAGCAUGCUCAAGCUCAUCUAUGAAUGUCCACAGGUGAAGGAAUCAUUUCCUUCUGGAUUCUUUCUUUAUUUAUGCUGGAUAUGCUUGAUGACGGAAGUCUGAAUGUGAGAUUUGGAUAGUAAGUUGUCUGACUAUUGAAAGGAAGAAUUGACUGAACAGAGCCCGUAUAUGAUAUUUUGAAAUGGGAAUUGGGUGUUAUGCAUUCUACAAUACCAGAACCAUCUACCAUCAUCAGAACUUCGGAAGUAAUGAGUAGAAUGAGUUUAACUCUGAGCCGUGAAGCUGUGGAAUUUCUGAAUGCAUAGGGAGUCAAGGUUGAUAAUUAUAGGGAAGUUAUAUGCUCUGUAACCCUUUAUUGUUGUAUUGAGCUUCUUAUCUGGUUAAUGAUUUUUUUGGUUCGAUGUGUAUAUGCUAUACCCAAAUUCUAUGUAUCAUGACUUUGUUCUCUCAAUGUAUAUGAUUAACUCGCAUUGCAUCAAACUGUUUAUCCGAUGAUGACUAAA